AUGAUUUCUAGCUCAGCACGUUCAGCCGGACACGUUCAUAAGCCUCUGAUACGAUUCUUGGGAAAAAGGGUGUACAACUCUCCGUCCCCUGCCGCUACUUCUCACCCUCUGGCGCCUGAGGAAAUCAAGUCAAAGUUUUCGGACUUCCUCAAGCUCCAGCAAAAUCCUGCUGCCCGUUCAUCAUCAUCGACUCAAGCAUCGCAGUCCAAGGAACGGGUGUUGUGGUACGACGAUCCAAGCGAACUGCCCUGGCAUUACAACACUCCCAGCUCGACUGAAAUUGAGCUGAUCAACGGCGGGGGAGUAAUCAGAUGA